GUGGGUUUCUGAUAGAGAGAGAGAGAGAGCCGGCUAAAACUCAGCUGUUUUUAACCCUUCGGCAUUUCAACGUUUUAUAAGCGGUUUGUUGUUGAAGAUGAUGCGAAGGUCUAGAAUCAGCGUUAAACCUAACUUCAGACCUGGAAGUCGGAUGGGUACAGAGGGAGAACAUGUCUCCCAGGGGAUAAAAGAAGCAGGUGUGACCUUGCCAGCAAUUGAAGCUAAAGAAGUGGCAAGACCAGCAGCAACUCAACAGCAAAAUAUCGGUCUUACAGAGCCUACUAAGGAUGUGGGUAUUAAGGAUGCUGCUGAAGUGUUUUCAAACACAAACCAAAAUGAUGGAGCACCCUCCAGUGGAGCUACCACUUCAUCUACUGCUCCACAUAGGCGAAUGAGGAUCUCGGCUGCUCCAAAACUUGUUGCGCCCAAAAUUACUUCCACACCUAGGGCUCGACCAUCUGCUAGCUUCCCUAGCUCAGCUCCAUCAUCCCAGUCCAAUGAGGUACAAGUAAAGAUCCAUGAUUCAGCUUCUGAAGCUCAGGUGUCUUCCCCAGUAAUCUCUAAUGAUGUGCCCGAGUCAGGGACACCUAGAAAGUCCACAUCUCUGCCUACACAAUCAUUAUCUCCUUGUGUUCCUUCAACAUCUGGUCUUCGAAAGUCUCCUGUCCGUGGUAAAAAGUCAGUUGAGGAUUCACCACCAUCUCCACAGCCUGGUCAAAUUCCUCAGCAACCACCACAAGAACCGGAACCCCCCGAACGUCCAUGUUCAACUGAUAUGCCUUCAGUCUGCAUCAAUCCUUUACAUUUUGAUAAGUCAUCAUCUUCUGAGACAACUGAAAAAUCCUCAGACACAGAUAGGAUAAUAAGGGCUCUUAAAUUGAAGGAACUCAUGAAGAUUGAAAGGAAAAAAGAUAUCCAGAUGGGGAAGCGAAAGGUUGGUCAUAAAGAGUUCACAGGUUUGGACCGCAGUAAGAUGACCAUGAGAGACCUUAUCUAUUAUUUACCCAGUACCAGCCCUAUGAGGUCUUCUGUAGUGCAGGAGGAGAAUCAAGAAGAGACCAUUAUUCCACCCUCGCCCAGGCAACAAAUAAAAACAGCAGAGAAAGAUGAUGAUGAUGUUGAUGAUGAAGAAGCGGAAUCUGAAAAUGAAGAAAUGCUGGUGCCGAAGGUCAGAGUGGCGGAGGAUGGCUCAAUCAUAUUGGAUGAAGAAAGUUUGACAGUGCGAGUGCAAAGGACCUCAAACACUAAAUUGGUGGAGAAUUCGAUGUUUGAACGCGGCUCAACUACAACUUACGCCAGCUUCAGAACACUUAAACAUGUAAAGACCUGGUCGGUCAGAGAGACAGACUUGUUCUUCCUGGCCAUUAAUAUGGUGGGAACGGAUUUCUCUUUGAUUGGCCAGCUGUUAACCCACCGUAGCCGCGCAGAAAUUAAGAGCAAAUUUAAGAAGGAGGAGAAGGUCAACCCAUGGAGAAUAGACAAAGCUUUGAGAAACACGCGACCCUAUGACAAGGAGUUCUUUAGCUAUUUGCGGGAGAAGAUUUUGGCAAAAGAUAAAGACAAAAGAAAAUCUGUCAAACUGAUACUGCCAAAAACCAGAAAACAAAGGAAAUCCAAAGGAAACAAAGCAAGUGAACACAGUGUUAGUGGUGAUGAUGAUGUCUUUCACAUGGACAAUCAGAACAACUUGGAGCAUGAUGGGGAUCUUGGUGUAGAAAAAGAAAACGAAGAUUUGUCUAAUGUAAAAGAAACAAAGAGCUCGGUCCCUGCUAAAAAGAAAUGCAAACGCGCGAGAGCUGUCAGCGAAGACAAAGACAGCUCCACUACAGAGCAAGUCAAAAGAAAAAAGCAAAGAAAAAGUGGCAAGAACACAAAAAGAGACGCGAAGGAUGACACUGAGGCUGAAAACGAACUUAUUGCCCCGGGUGAUACUAUAAACUUAAAUAAGGAGGAUGAACUUAAUAAAAGAAACACUUCAGCUUUAAAAAAAAGGUCCAAGCGCUCAAAUAAUGGUGAUGAUAAAGAAAAUGAAAAGGAAGUUAAAGGAACGAAACGCAAGCAACUGAAGAAAUCAUGCAAAGUUAUCUCUGACAAUGAAGAGUCUAAUGGUGAACAUGAAGCAAGCAGCAUUAUGGAUGAGGAUGGCUCUACAUCUAAAAAGAAAAGAAAACGAGCUGAAAAGAGUGAUCUCAAUGAAGAUGAGACCACCAAGAGGAAAAAGAACACAAAGAGAAAAAAGGCACUGAAAAGUACAGUAGAAGACGACGACACUGCAGAAGAAGGAGAAGGAGCUUUAGAAGAUUUACAGGAGGCUAAAAAGCUGAAUGCUCCAGUCACAGCUGAAGUAGUAGAUGAUGGUCCAUCACAAACUUCCAGGAGAAGUAAGAAGGUUUUGCCUAACCUGGCUACAAGACGAAACAAGAAAAGCUGUGAACCUGAAGCUUUCCCUGAUGUUGAAGGGGAGAGCCAGGAUGCAAACAAUCCUGAAUCCACUUUGACGGCAGCAGACAGUCCUUUGCAGGAUGAGAGGCUGCAGAUGCAAGCAGUGGUUGUUCUAGAAAAGACCCCCCCAAGGCAGCAAAAUUUGCUCAGCCCUUCAAAAGUCAAGUGCAAAACUGAUGAGUUGGAGCCAUCAGGAAGUUCUCCUGCUUCAUCGUAUAGCAGUGAGAGUUCUUGUGCUCAGCAGACAAGAAUCCAAAGAGCAGGAAAAGUAAAGCGUGAUCUGUCCAAUAGUGGGACGAAGGGACAAGGAAUGCUCGAUCAAGAUGAGACUGACCUUGUAAGCCCAGUAGUUCUGUUAGAGAGGCUUACUCAGGAACCUGAAUAUGAAGCUGAUGAGCUCUCAUUGAAUGAGAACCUGACUGACUUGUCAUGUCUACGUGAUUUACACAGUCAGAUGUUUCAAAGAAGGCCAAUGGUGGUGUUAUCUCGUGAGGAGGUGGAUAGGAUCCUCGAUGCUUCCGACCAAAGUGCUGAUGAGGAGCCUUCUGUGAGUCCUCUGGAUUUAUCAUUAAACACUGAGCUCUCUUUUCCACUUCGCUGCAGCAAGAUCUUAGACGACGAUGAUGAUGAUGAUGAUGAUGAUGAUGAAACUGAGGUUGAUUGUGGGUUCGAGGAACAUGAGGAAAGAACAAAUGAGAUGGCUACUUCUGAAGAAAGAAACUGUGAAAAACUAGUGCAAGCAGAGUCUGUAUCGGGAGAGCCUGCUAUCUCAAACCUGAAGGACAUUUCUACCUCCUUAAAACCAGAAGUAUGCAGUCAACCAAAAGUACCCCUAAGCAACAUAACACCCUCAAGCCCAAUUAAGGAGGGUGAACCUGAGGUCCAACCAAUGACUUGCAAGGAUGUGACAACAGUAGCAACAGUGGUUGAAGGUUCUCCAACUCUAGAUAUUCAGAAAAAUCUAGAUUCUGUCUGCACGAAUCCAGAUGCACCUCCGCCCCAAGAAACCGUCACCACUAAAACUGCUAUGCUCGGUACUUCAUUGGGAGUCUCGGAUAUCAUGAAGAAAUCUGAGAGCUCUAUACCUCCAAUCGUAGUUAAGGAGUCCACACUGGCUUUCUCUGAAAUUACAGAGGGAUCAAAGCUGACCCUUACAGAAAGCGUGUCGGAAUCACAGAGGUCUCAGGAGGCAACUCCAGAAUUUAAUGCCGGAUUGAGAAGGUCCCUAGAAGGAUCUUUGCACACUUUGGAGUCAUUGCAGGGCUCAUCAGAAAGUAAGGAGGAUACACAGAAAUCUGCAAACUCGGAAUUAAACACAAGUACACAAGAGGUCAAGGUAGACUCCCAGGAAGAGGUGUCCGCUUCAUCCAGUGCCUCUGUUGCUUUUGAACAUGGCAUCAAACUAACAAGGAGGAGCAAAUUCCUGAAGCCUAAACCUAACCUGAGUCAGAAAUCAAGACCCACAGCAUUCCAAAACCAAAGACGAGACCCUAAAACACACAGUACUCAAAAACCCACGAGCAGUGAGACAGAAGUCUCCAAAGAGACGCUACUUUACAGUCCUGCUAAUGACCAGCAUGGUGCAUUAGAAGACCUCAGUAAUCAGAACCGUAUUGCUGAGGAGACAUCUUUGUCAAAAGCAUUCGAUCAAUUGGAAUCUGAAUUAACAAAAGAUGUUAUUGAUGGGUCAACAGCAGUACAGGAUAAGAAAGCUAUCACUACACUAGCUGUCAUUGAUGAUGAGCCCCCGAUGGCUUCACAAUCUAGCAGCCGAACAUGUGAUGUUGACAGGAUUACACCCUGUAGUUCACUGACAUCACCUCAGCUUUUACAAACUGGAGAAGGUACUGGCACAGAGGAGAGGGUUAUUUCUUCUGAGGAUGUCUGUGCCCCUGCAGAAAUACUUCACCUAAAUGACGAUGGUCACAAUGAUGAGGAGCCCACCUUUAUCUUAACUCUGUAUGAGAUUCCGGUCACUCAGUCCCAACUGACUGUGUCUAGCAAAGACUAUGAAAUGACCUCUGACCUUGCCACAGUUGAAACCCAGGCUUUUCUGGGUUUUUCAGACCAGGCACAUGUGUUACCUUGUACAUCAGAGUCAUCCAGAAUAGAUUCUUCUCUCGUGGAAGGUAGUGGACCGGAAAACAACUUGGGCGUCAUCAGUGAGGAUCUGUCGGAGAAUGACAAGGAGGAAAUCACGGCACAAGCUACAUCUCAAGUCAUCAGUUCAUCACAUGCAAAGAGUGUAGACUCUGACGCUUCAAGUCUUAAAAUGUAUAUUCCGCCUAAUGACCCUGAUUUAGGGUGCAAAAUGGGUUCAGAGUUUUCUCCACUUGAUUUGGCACUUGCACCUUCUGCGAUUAGUGUCUCAAACUGCAUUAAACAGUCACCUCAAGACUCGGAUGAUUCUAAGCAGCACAAGAGUGUUUCUCAUAUUUUGUUGGGUGGUGAUGUUGUCCCCGUCUCAGAGGAGACUGGAGACGAUUCAAACAAGAACAGGACAAUGGCUGUAGAAAGCAAGCUUCAAAGCAAGGACACCUUUUCAGCUAAUGUCACAGAAGAUUUGGCAGCAAAUGUCAGCGAGCAAGCAUCAUCUCAUGAGCCCGUAUUACUCUACACAAAGGACAAGCAAAGUGAUGAUUGUGCAAAUCAGGAAACCGAUGCUCCACAUACAGAUCGAGAGUCAGUGCGCAAAAAUGGUUCGGAGUUGGCUCCACUUGAAGAUUUGGCAUUCCGGACACAAAGCACCUUUUCUGGAUUUAACAUUACAAAAAGCGUCACAACAUUACCUCAAGACUCGGAGGACAAAGACCAAUACGAUGGGGUUUCUCAUACGGUGCUGGCUGACAUCUUUGUCCCUGUCUCAGAGGAGAUGGGAGACAGUUCGAGCAAGGAAGCGUCUUCAGCUAGUGUGACUGAUAAUUUGGCAGAAAAUGUCAAGGAGAAAAUCUCUGAGCUCAUGACGGCUCCUGAACCCAUAUUACUGGACACAAAGGACGAAGAGGAAAGAGAGAAUUUUCUAGACACGGAGACUGGUAUUUCACAUUUAGACCCUAAUUCUGAGUUCAAAGAAGGUUCAAAGAUUUCUCCCCUUGAGGAUUCGUUGUCCAGGAAUCAGAACAAACCUUUUGGAUUUUGUGUCUCGAAAAGCAUUGAAACAUUUCCUCAAAACCCAGAAGACACUGCGCAGUUUGAGCAUGUUUCUAAUAUGCUGCUGACGGAUGUCUUUGUCCCUGUCUCAGAGGAGACAGGCGAUAAUUCAAACAAGGACAGGACACAGGUUAUAGAAGAAAAAAGUCACAGCAAGGAACCCUCUAUAGUUAGUGUUCCACAGAGACAAAACACUCCAUAUGAAGAACCUAGAAAAGAUUCCACAAAGGAAUCAAAAGAUUCACCAGGUUCAUCAGAGGAGCAUAAAGCACCUCCUAGAAGGAGAGCGAGACAAAUCAAGCCACAACCUAAACUGGUAAAAAGGACACUUAUUAAAGAUGACGCCUCAAAAACUGAUAAGCUCAUGAUGGAGUUGAGCCCCCCAAGCUCUUCAAGCGUCUUCUUACCAGCCCGUCAUGAGGAAAACCUGGCGGGUAUUUCAAAUACUACUGAUGAGAAGCCGGUAGGCACAAUGUCAUCUAUAGAAGGUAACCAAACCUGUGUUGAUGGAGGUAAGAAAGAUGUGCCCAAGUCCAUUACAGAUGAAUCUCCAAAAAUGUCUCAGGAUGACUUGGGUAUCACUCAGUCAAAGCCAAUUUCCACUCUUCUGCAUAAACCUGAAGACUUUAAGCUUGAAGAGGAACGUAGUGAAAAUGUAACAGGAGAAACUGCAGUUAAAGACGACAUGGAGUCUUCUGCAGAGGACAAGGAAUUGUCAAUACCAGCAAAUGUGCAGCCAUGGUGUGAGGACAUGGUUUAUGGCUCUUCUGCUGUGGACUCUGAGGAAACUGUGGCAGGAACACAAGGUGUUUGUCACAUGGUGUUGCCCGAUGUCCUUGUUCUUGUCUCAGAUGAGAUGGAAGAUGACUUAUGUGAAGAACCUUUAGAGAGUCUUUCAAAGAAUUCCAGCACCCACUUUCAAAAGGAAUUAAAAACCGAAGAUGUGUCCCAAGCAUUUGUUGAAAAAUCAGCACAGGAUCAGUGGGCAUUAGUGGAUAUUAAAACGCCUGUCAGAAAGAGAGGCAAGCAGGAGGUGAAGACUACGUUUACUGGGACUGACUUGAUAGUAAGUCAGCCAACAUCUCCACAAGCCAACACAACACCAUUAUCCCAGCUAAAUACCCUACCUCAGAAUGAGAACAUGGUGUUACUUGAAGAAAAGUUAAAGAGAAGACAUCACAUCAUGCCAUGCACUGUUCGACUCUCAAGUCUUGACACUGCAGGUCAGAGUAUGAGUUCUCCUCGGCUUGAAGGUAGAAAGGGCAAUGAUCAGAGGAGCUUGCCAACAUGCCAUGCAAGUGUAACGAAUCUAUCAGAGGAAUUAAACACGCCAUCGCUAUUUGAGAAGAAGAAAUUGCAAGAGGCAGAAUCAGAAGAGACGUCUUCUAAAAGAAGUAAAGGCAAGAAAAAUGAAUCCUCACCAGACACAACUCGUGGUCAUUUAAAAGCAGUUCAAACGCUUGGACGAACUCAGCAGCUAACCAUAACAGAUUGGUUAAAGAAAAAGUCUUCUGCAACAAAACAGGAAGGAGAAAAAGAACCCGAGACGUCUUCCCACGUUCAGUCAUGCUUAAAAGUUAAAGGAAUGCAUGAAGCCAUGGUUGAGAAGACAAAAGAUUCAGAGGAACCUGAGGGGUCUCACUUAGUGCCUGCCAUGGAGGAGAAUGAAGAAGUGAGCAGUGUCUCUAAAGAGGUGAAAAUGUCAUCAGAAGUGGUCAAGAAAUCUAAUGAUGACCCAUCUGUAUCACAAGUAAAGAAAUCACCUCCUAGACGGAGAGCCAAACUACAGGUGAAACCUAAACUGUUAAAAAGGGCAUGUACCAGUGAAUGUGAUACUUCAACACCAGAUCCACCACAGCCAACACUGUUCACCUCAUCAACACGCCAGCAUGCCCAAGCAGCCGGAGAAAAGGAAGAGUCCAAAAACGAACAACUUGUAAAUGAGCUUCCUAAUACAUCUAGCUUGGAAGAAAACUCAGAGAAAAAGACUUCUUUAACAAGGGGUCCCCAAUCUCCCAUAUCCCAAGACACUUGGCCAAGGGUUGUUCUGCCACGUGUGAAGUUAUGGACUACAGAAGCAGGCGUCUCCUCUGCCUCAUCCACGCCUACAUCCUCUCCAGCCAGGGUUUCACAAAGUGUCUCUCCUCCACAGCUGAAGAAAUCCACAACACAAAGCAGUUCUCCCACAGACAGUGAGAAUUCUGAUGAUGACCCGUCCAGAGUGUCACAAUUCUUCCUCAGCGAUAUUUUUACUGAAGUAGAGGAGGCAGAAUGAUUGACAAAACCAAAGAUUCUUAGUGAUGAUGUGGUUGCUGCUAUAUAAUUUAAUACUUCUCCAGGAGAGGAACUAAUGCAAGUUUUAAAUCAGGCUAAUUUAUCUUAAUACUCAUGUUCUAUGUUCUCAUUUAGUGCUGCAAAACU